UCUUCCCAGAGAAAAUACAAGACAGGGUCACAGACUCACAGUACCAGAAGCAGAAGAGAUGGCGUUAAACAUCUCCAACAUCACAGAUGCUCAGCUUCUUUCCAUGAAAAGCAGCCCAGAUAUUGCCAUCAUAGAUGUCAGGGAUGAUGAGAGAAGCUCUAAUGGACAUAUAGCUGGUUCGCUGCACUACGCUAGCGGUACCUUCUCUGAGAAAAUCCCGAAUCUUAUUGAAGAGGUCAAAGGGAAAGAUACCCUUGUGUUCCAUUGUGCUCUAAGCCAGGUGCGUGGCCCAGCAUGUGCUCGCAAGCUUGUUGAUUACCUUACAGAAAUGGGAGAAGAUGUGGGCUUAAAGAAUGUUUUGGUUUUGGAGCGUGGGUUCAAUGGCUGGGAACCUUCUGGUAGACCUGUUUGUUCCUGUACUGAUAUCAAUUGUAAAGGACACAAAGCAUAGAUGCUGUAUUGAUUUAAUCUAUGAAUGAAAAAAAGAAGAAGCAUAUUCAUGUUGUACCCUGUAAUAAUGUCUGCUUCAGGAUGCGUGUUCAAUAAUGCUCAACUUGUGUACCUAAAUGCUUAUAAAUCAAGUGAUUUCUUUUCCUUGUUAUCUUU